AUGAUCCGCGCGAGAGUUAUGACUAAUUGGCAACUGCCAGGAUCGGUGGUUGAGAGAGGAUCCCGACUGAUUUCUGUGAAUUUUCACUUAAUGCAACCGAAAUUAUAUCGUCGAACGAAUAUUUUCGAUGUGCGUACAAUUGAUGCACCAUCUACAGUUGCCGUAUGUUUUACAGUGGUUCAUCAAGAGAGACUGCAAAAUCAAGAUUUAUUGAGAAUGCGACUUGCAUCUGCUAACAUCGAAACAACCGUUACUGUUGUCAAACAAGAUAAUGCGAAGAAAUGCCCGACGCAAGAAACGUGCAAGACCGCGAAGAUCACUUUGAGUCCAUCUCGAAACAGUGAUCAAUCGAAUACACUCGCUCCGAUUGCCUCAACUGGUCGGCGAUAUUCGUACAAUGGACGAGCAACAAUUCAACAACCGUCACCUGAGGUAUUUGAUCAGUGGUGUACAAUACUUCCAUAUGUUCGAGUUCUUGCAGACAUGGCGACUGGAAAAUGGUUCCCAAAACACAUCAGUGAUUUGGACUAUUGCAGUCAAAAUGUUAUCAUGUUCGGUCCGGGUCCGGACGGUUUGCACGCAGAUCAUCCGGUACGAUCUGUAAACUUGGCCUUGCUUAAGAAAUAG